CAAAAAAAUCCUUCACAUUGUUCUCCCCCUUCCCAUCACCCACCCACCCACUCCCCUCAUUUGCUAUUCUCUGUCUGGUUCCGAAGAAGACUCGUAAACAUCAUCUAAAAUCUCAAAAAUCAGAUCUACUAUAAUGCUUCUCAAUACGUCGCCGUUUUAUUCAAAUCCUCCAUCAUCAUCCAUAGAUCUGCUGAUGUAAUUCCGCUAUAUCAUUUUCCAAAUUUUCUCUAAUUUUCCUCGGUAAUUUUUUUCGCAUGGAUUUGGACGAAUUCCGAUUGAUUUUAUCGGAAUCGAAGGUAGAUGUGUGGACGAUGAUCGACGCGGCGAUUUCGGUUGCAUCGGUUGACUGCGGCGAUGAAUUGAAACAUCGCCGUGACGGAAUCGUCGAGAAGCUGUAUUCUACGCGCUGCCGGAGCUGUAACGACGUCGUUAACGGUCAGUACAGCUUAGAUAAUGGCCAGACAGUUACUAGAAAUGUGGAGACGGUGAUGAAUAAGAGUCCGUUAACGCCGGAGUCAAAUCAUCGGAACAACAAUACCAGUAAUGAUAAUAAGAAUGAUGACGAGGAAGAAGAUGUAGAUCCAUAUGGAGGAUUAUUUGAUGAUGAUGAACAAACUCGAAUUCUAACUAUCAAAGAACAACUUGAAGAUCCACAACUGUCGGAUGAGGAUGUGAUUGACUUGCUUCAAAGUCUGGCAGAUAUGGAUAUUACAUUCCAAGCUCUCAAGGAAACUGAUAUUGGAAGGCAUGUGAAUCGACUGAGGAAGCAUCCAUCAAAUGAAGUUAGGAGAUUGGUGAAGAUGCUUGUGAGAAAAUGGAAAGAAACUGUUGAUGAUUGGGUUAGGCUAAACCAGCCUGAACAACAUGGGUCUUCAAAUCUUAUUGCUGCUGAUGGAGACUCGCCCCAACAAAAUGUACCGAAAAAUCAUCUGAAUGGUCAUCAUCAGGUUCCUGACUUCACAUACUCACCGAAUCCUCGAAAUGGGAGUUCGAGUUCGGACAGGAAUAAUUCCGAAUCAGAGUACAAGCCAAAACCUGUUCCCCCGCGGAAUGUAACCCCAACUAGACCACUGCAGUCUGCUCCUAAACCUACUUCUGCUCCUCCCCCAAGUAGACCUCCUCCAAGGGAAUCAGCCAUAGAUCUUGAAAAGCUAAAUUCAGCAAGAAGGCGGCUUCAGGAGAAUUACCAAGAAGCUCAAAAUGCUAAAAAGCAAAGGACAAUACAGGUGAUGGAUAUUCAUGAGAUUCCAAAACCAAAGAACGGCUUCUUUGCCAAGAAUAAAGGCGGCUUUCAGGGCAGGCAUCAUCGCUGAUUUUGUCAGAAGCCCGUUUGUGUGUACAAUAAUAUACUUCUCUAUUGUUUGCACGCAUCUGGUCUUAAAAGUAAAAACUCAGCAUUUGUGAUUACGGGAUUUUACCCAACGGUUCAUCCCUGUUACUACUUUUUUCUUUCCAAUCGAAAACCAUAAGCGUUUUAUUUAGUACUUCUUUCUACUUUUUGGUAAA